AUGGACGCCGCCGCCCUCCUCAAAAAGCAAGGCUGGCGCGGCCUCGGCCACUCCCUCGACCAGCACGACCGCGGCAUCGCGCGCCCGCUGCUCGUCGCCAACAAGCAGAACCAGCUGGGCGUCGGCCGCAAGAAGACCCAAGUCGCCGACCAAUGGUGGAUGCGCGCCUACGACACGGGGCUCAAGGAGCUGGGCACAGGCAAGGAGACGACGCUCUCGCAGAUCCGCCAGCGCGGCGUCGCCAACGGCGGCCUCUACGGCUUCUUUGUGCGGGGCGAGAGCCUGGCGGGCACGAUUGGCGGGCGCGACGCCAGCAGCAGUAGUAGCGCCAGCAGCGCAGUGGAGGAGGAGGGGACGGCGUCCACGGCCGCAACGACGCCCGAGGCGGACGACGGCGCGCGCAAGGCUAAGAAGCGCAAGCUCGACACCAAGGAGAAGGACAAGAAGACGGACAAGAAGCGCAGCAAGACGGCGGCGGCGGGCCUGGCGGACGACUCUUCGGCCAGCGCGUCGGGCUCGGGCUCCGAAGACGCGAAGGCGGCAAGACGCGCGGCGAAGAAGGCGCUGCGUGUGCGGUUGAUGCGGGAGAAGCUGGAGGCCGCAAGGGGGGACUCGGCGGCCGCGGACUCGGAGGCUACGAGUACGGAUAAGGGCAAGGAUAAGAAGAAGGACGCGAAGAAGGAUAAGAAAGAGAAAGACGCCUCGAAGGCGCAGCGCCGUGCUGCUGAGAAGGGCAUCUCUGUCGAGGCAUACCUGGUUCAGCGCGCAGAGAGCAAAACCAAGAGCAAAAGCAAACCCUCGAAAUGA